UGGUCCAGGCCGACGAUGACAGAGGCAACGAGACUCACCUGAAACACGUGACCCAGCGGAUCGCCAUGUCCCAGUUCCGCUGCUUCCAAAGGAUAGCAAGAGGAUCUAAUCGCAAAAUUAACAGUAAUGUAAACUACUGCAAUGCAACAUGGGAUGGAUGGCUGUGUUGGGAAGACACUGAACCUGGAACGACAGAGCAGAACUGUCCGGACUACUUCAAGGAUUUUGACACACGAGCAAUAGCAGUAAAAGUCUGCACAGAAACCGGCGAGUGGGCACGCCACCCGUACAGCAACAGAACGUGGACAGACUUCACCAGCUGCAAACCCAAUGAAACUAACUGGACGUCUACAGCAAUGACCCACUUCUACUUGAUCAUGAUUGGUCAUGGACUGUCGCUCGUAUCGCUCCUCGUUUCCUUAGGAAUCUUCUUCUAUUUCAAAACUUUGAGCUGCGAGAGGAUAACUCUUCACAAAAAUCUUUUCCUUUCAUUUGUCUUAAACUCAGUGAUUACUGUGACAUGGUUCUGCAUAAAUAAGGAGGAUUCGCUCAGCAGCCAGGGCAGCUGCAAGAUUCUUGCGUUCGUUCAAAUGUACAUCAUGAGCUGCAACUACUUCUGGAUGCUGUGUGAGGGCAUUUACCUACACACUCUGAUUGUCGUGGCGGUGUUUGCCGAGAAACAACAUCUCAUGUGGUAUUAUCUUCUCGGAUGGGGUUUCCCCCUUGUCCCAGCUGUUAUAUAUUCAAUCGCACGCACCUGCUACUACAACGACAAAUGCUGGGUCAGUUCGGCUACGUCCCUGCUGUACAUUAUCCAUGCUCCCAUCUGCGCCGCGUUAGUGGUGAAUUUCUUCUUCCUUCUGAACAUCAUUCGGGUCAUCAUCACCAAACUGCGCGUCACGCAUCAGGCUGAAUCCAGCCUGUACAUGAGGGCGGUGAGAGCCACCCUCAUCCUCAUCCCCCUGCUGGGCAUCCAGUACGUCCUGCUGGCAUACAAGCCCCAUGACCACUGGAUCUCAGAGAUUUACUUAUACAUCAUGAACAUCCUCAUGCAUUAUCAGGGUCUCUUGGUUUCUACGAUAUUCUGCUUCUUCAACGGGGAAGUCCAGACUGUUCUCAGGAGACAGUGGAAUCUUCUGCGGAUGCAGUCUGCCGGCACGUUUGCCAACCCAGAGUUCUUCCGUUCGGCGUACUACGUGGCGUCGUCGCUCACCGAAGUCCAUCGCUGCUACAGCAUCGAGAGCCACACCGAGCACAUGAAUGGCAAGAGCUACUCUGACAUAUUCAGAUCGGAAAGCCCUUAUUUGAAGAAACAAGAGCCGUCAUUCUAAUGAUUUUUUUUAUUUAUUGAUAAAUGGACAUGCAGGAAAAAACCAAGUUAAGAGAGCAGUUUGGAUUGUCUUCUUUACGUUUUUCACCAGACUUGACUUUUGAAGUAUCAGCUCUUAGUGUUGAAAACAUUGAGGCAGAAAGGAGUCAAAUCAGGGCCAAGAAACAGUGAUUAUUUUCACUAUACUGUCUGCUAUUUCUGUGGGAGAAUAGUGCAAAGUUGAGAUAAAUGUCGAAACAAAGAAAAUGGCAACCGAGUGGAUUUUCUCAUGUCAACCUAUGUGGCAUUCAUAUAUGAAUAAUUGCAUAAAGCUAAACUUAUGAUGUUGCUGAAUUUUUUUUUUAUGUUUCACUCCAUUGGCUUCUGCUCACCAUUUGCAUUUCAUGCAUUUGAUUUGGCUUAAUUGUAUUUUCAUUUAUGUACACAAUUCUAAAUGCUGUAGAAACGAGAGAGGUGUGUUUGAUUAUCAACACAGCAUGUCGAGGCACGUGAUGUGAUAUUUGUAAAGUUUAUUAAUAGGAAGCUACAAACACACUGUCUUGCAGUGAAAAGUAUAACGUCUGAUUUAAACUGUUUCAAGGCACAAACUGUUGGAGGCACAAUCUGCCACAUUAACUGUUUUUCUGCAUUUAACCCAAGAUGCUCAUAUUCCAUAUUUUGGAGUAACCUCGGUAGUCGAAACUGGGAAUGCUAAAGCUUGGUUUUGGUUCCGAAUCCAAAUCCCUUAAGGGUUUGCCGAUUGUUGUACUGUGACAAGAAUUACUACUGUUAGCAACACAGUGAAUUUCUCUUCAGGUAUUAGAAGACUAAGCAAUAUUUUUUACAUAUGGGGACAGUUUUGUUGUAAAAUGGUUUAAUGACGCCUAUGAAGAGGUUAUUCUGGCACAUUUCAAAAUGUUUGUAUGUGCAGCAGCCAUGAUGAAUUUGAAGUCAGGCGAGUUUAGAUUAAGCUUUCGAAGUCCAAAUUUUACUUUCCCUGUGACUUCAACUCAAGUCACAUGUAAUACUUUCACCCGGCAGCUGUUUGGAGAAUCCGGCUGUGGUAAACAUUGGUUUGGUUUUUCUGCUUUCUCGUGAAGCCAAAAUGAAAAAGUGUGAUUUUCUAGUACAAAAAUGAAGUACGUGUGACAAUUUCAAGUAGUGAAAUAAAUCUUUCGUGAUUUUUGUCCUUCACAACACCAACUUUUUUUUGACCGGUUUCCGGAAAAGGGAGAACCUGCUUCCUUUAGCAAGUGCCAGUUUAAAAUUCUCCAAUGAAGCUUAGACCCUAAAACAAUUCAUUGAUAUGUGCUUAGUCGAACAUAAGCCCAUUAGGUUACAUUAAAUAACCUAAUGCUAACAUUAGGCUGCUUAAUGUUAGCAUGUCUUUGAUUCAUGUUUUACUUUCUUACUGGCAGUGUUGACUCUUUCUCAAUGUCUUCCUGUGAAAAUACACAAUAUAAAAUUCUUAUAUUUACGUAUUUAAUCAAGCUCACCUUGUUCCUUAAAGCAACCAUUUUUGUUGUUUUUAUAACGGUAUUUAAACUACCAAGAGAUUUUGUUCCUACUGAAGUAAUAAUACUGUAAAUAAAGACGUGUUGAUUUGAAAACA